AAACUCGUCGGCUGCUCUCGGAGAGGCGCAGUGCACCGGAGGAAAUGCCUCCACACUCUUCAUGUUUAAUUAUUAAAUUAGUUUGCCGCGGAUUCGACGAGGGCGUUUCUGUUCAUUUUUCGGGCCAUCGGGAAGUGUGACACCGCACACAUCAUCAUCAAAAUCAUCAUCAUCAUCAUCAUCAUCAUCUCCCCGCUCGUGUCCGAUGCCGAUGGAGCUGCGCGAGUGACGCAGAACGUGCGAGGAGUUGUUGUUGUUCGUGGAAAAGCUCCUCGGCGGGCGGGUGGGCGAGAGAGUGUUCUGGAACUGCUCUAAAUACGGAGUUGUUGGGAAUCGCACCUAAGUAUCGCAAGGAAAUAUUCCGCGCCGCUCCGGCCGGGUUCCGAUCCGAUCUGCAUUGGACCCCAUGCCAUGGUGCUGCUCGGAAAGCGACGGAGGAGAAAAGAAGAAGAGCGAAGCCGCGGCAGCACUGAGUGCGACAUGAAUGAUUAUCGUGAUGAUGAUGGAGCUUUUAAAACACCACAGUAACAGUUGUUGUGACUAUUAGCGGUGAUUUAAAACACUUAACAUUUACAUGUUCCCGUUAUGGGGACCUUUGAGACCACAGCUGUCACGUAUUAUGAAGAAGAAGAAGAGGAAGAAGAGGAGGAGUACUAUGAAUUCGAACCCCUGCCCACACUCCUAGAAGAUGAGGAAAACGUCUCCCUCGCAGACAUUCUCUCCCUGCGGGACAGCUGUCUGUCGGAGCACGAGGUGUGGGCGGUGUGCGUGGAAUGUGCCCUUUCCCUGCGGAGGAUUGCCCACUCGCCGCUCUUCCGCACCCUCUGCAUCACGCCCGACACCCUGGCCUUCAAUGCCCACGGCAACGUGUGCUUCAUGGAGCAUCUCAGCGAUGACCCUGAAGGUUCAUUCACCCCCCCAGAGUUUGACAGGACUGGUAACACUUUUGAGGGUCACGUCUUCUCUCUGGGCGCGACCCUGGCAGCCUCCCUGGAUUUUGUCAUCGAGCCAGAGCUGCGACCAGAGCUGGGCACCGAAGUGAGGACGCUGCUGGAGCUGAUGCAACGGGAGAGGCCAGAAGAGAGGCCGAGCAUCACAAGCAUUGUGGCGUUGGCAAAAGUGAAGCUCAUGAACGUGUCCUCUUCAAGCGUCUGUCGGAAACUGUCUGCCAUCGGUCGACGGGUCCUUUCCAUUGAAUCCGUGAGCACUUUUCAAGAUGCUUUGGAAAGUUCAUGCGGGGUUCAUGAGCAGCAAGCGAAAGCCAGGAGGCAGCUUCACGAUCGGAAUCCGAGCGACGGGUCGUCCAGCUCCGAGGACCUGGCCGCGGAUCCGAGCGUCCCGGAGGGCAUCGCGCAGCCCGUGGCGGAGGAGCGCCGCUUUCGACUGCAGCUGGACAGCAAGUCCCAGAACAGCUCCCCCGUGAGGAGGAGGCUGCAGGAGAAAGGUGGGCGGAGCGGGGGGGUCCUCAACCGCUCGAGCUCCGUCCCCGAAUCCAACAACCCCCCUUCGCUUCAGACCCACUCGGUGAACCUGAACGCGCCUGUGGCCGACCUCACGGAGAUAGGCUCCGAGGAGCUGCCUGUGGACGCCAUCAUUCGGAGCGCCAGGACUCGGAGGAGCAACCGCAAUCCGACAGCUCAUCGCUCGAACCCUGAGCGGGACGAUUUCUCGGGGGGAGAAGAGUGCGGCGGUGCACCGGAACGCUCUCCGGUCAGGAAGCCGAACGCGAAGGCGUCUUUACGCGCACGCGUGCGGGAUGCAGACGGCACCGCGUACGGCGAGGCUCCGAGCGAGAAGGACCCCCGAGAAUCCGCGUGUGGCGACAUCUCGCUCGAGAGCGCGUACGGUCCCAGCAACCACAUGACCAAAAGCAUGCUGUGCCUCAACGAACAAGUUCAGGAUGAAUGGAUCUCCCUGAAGGAGAUGCUCUGUCAGUGCGACCAGCCUCUGACCGUGAACGAACUCUGGGCCCUGUGUUACACCUGCCUGUCCACGCUGCAGACCUACAUCGACUACCCAGCGUAUUUAUGUCUGGAUUCUGUGUAUGUCAGCUGUGAAGGAGAGAUGCUCUUCCUGAAGCCCCAAAACACAGGAUCUUAUGAUGCCUUCUAUUUGGCACCGGAAUUUCAGGAGCAUGGAAUUGUUACAGAAAAGGUCUGUGUUUACGGGGUGGCUGCUAUCCUUUGGGCCACGGCCAAGUUCAACUUGUCCCCGAACGAGAAGUUGGCAAUGCCAAGGAAACUGAAGCGGCUGCUUCUGGAAAUGGCCAAGAGGACUCCCAUCGAGAGGCCUUCGAUUGUGGCUGCCAAAAAGAGCUGUCGGGAGUACCUGCUGCGCCAGCGUACAACUCCCGAGGAAGUCUGGGCUCAGCUCAUCCACAGACCUCGCCAGUCACACCAAAGGAAUAUGAGUAGUGGUUCUCCGGAGAUCCUGGACACCAUUAAAAGGCUUAACUCCAAAGAACCUUCAAGCAGCAGGAUUGGGUUCGUUCCCAUGACCGGGCGGCACAAGCUAUCUCCUGUUCAAGGCCCCGUCCCACAGCAGUACCCUGUCGCUGCUGCCCCCCAGCUCCCCGAUGCGUUCACCUCCUCUGCCACUCACUUCACACCCAUCGUCCUUGCCCAGGGGGAGGCCAGCGAUGGGGGAGUCCCGACCCAAGACCUUGGAUGUGAGGGGGCAUGUGAAAGGCCUGCUGAUAAUCAGCAACCCGUAAAGCUGGAGGACGCAGAAGACACACCGAUGAGAGGAGUGGCAAAGGUGCCGCACGAGGUCGGAUGCUUCACCACCCAGGAGGGUGUUGGCUCGCGAGGUUGUUCUUCCGCAUCAUCCAGUGGCAAGACUCUGAUCAACAGCCCACCGGCCGCCUCCCCUGGGCACACAGACUGCGAGGGCCUCAGUUUUCCUCACUGUAGAGCUACUUCGUCCUCCUCUUCCUCCUCUGCGCACUCCUCUAGUCUCAUUGGCCGCAACACGGUCAGCAACUACCUCCUGAGGCAGGAUCCCCAAACGGGGCUCCUUACAUUGUUUCCCGUCCAGAUUGCUGUCCCAGAGCCCAUUCCUGGGCUGAACCUCAACAUUGCUCCGGUAACGGCCCCAUGGGGGCCUGCUGAGGGCCAGCCAGCUGUCCUCGCCCCUGGAGCUCCUGGCAAAGUUGCUGAAGGCAGCAAUGCGCUGGACCCAGAUGUGUCUCUCGUUCCUCUGACCGCUGCCCAAAUGGACGGUGGCCAACCUGGAAAGCACGAGGAGCAGGGAGCCACGGGUCUGGGGCAAGAGAGCUCAUGGAGUUCCAGCCAGGCCUUUGGAGAGCAGCCUUUGUCACCUCAGCUCCACCCUUCUCUACAGGCAGUCAUGGCCCUCCUUCGGGCAGAGUUUGCCUUUAAUGGCUCUCGAGAGAAUGGUGUUGAGGACUUCAGAACAGGGGAGUACAUUUUCUCUUUAAGGGACAUCCAGUAUGGCACGUUUUGCAGUGCUAUUUGUGAGAAAUUCUGUCAUCUGCACUGGGACCAGAAAUUACUGGAAGCACUUUACAUUGUGGUCAACACAAAAGACACCUCUCUAGUCUCCCGGAACCCGUCAUCCAGCUCAUCGAAGGCGGCAGAAAGGGCAGCGGCGUCGCCCCAGGCUGGAGAGCAUACCGUCGGAUGUCGCCCUCUGAAACCAGGCUGUUUGGAGGGGCCUCGCAGGGGGUCCGCCGUCACACCCGAGCCUGGGAUACUUUGUCCACCAGCGCGGCCCGAGGAGCCUAUGCAGGAAGUCUUCAUAGACGUUCCUCCUCUAACUCCUCCUGCUAGAGGAUGGAAGGAUGGAGAGGUGGCCAAUGGCGGCGUGAACUUCAGCGCAAGUCCCGUAGGGAGUGCUGAGGAGAACCUGCCCAACGCUGAGCACCUGUGGCACACUGGGAGGAGCCACCGCGACCAGCGCAGCAUCGACGUCUCAGAGGAGAUGGAGGACAGCGACUCCCUGGCGUCAGAGCGCGUCCAGGAGGAUGGACGCUCCUCGUCUCCGGGCCGUGGGGUCCGCGGGUCGAGUUGCCGCCCCGGCUGGGCUUUAGCCUUCUAUGGGGGGGACUGCUUCGGGGAGGAGGUGCUCAAAUACGUGGAGGAGCUUGGGCAGCGCAGUGAGGAGCCAUGCGUGGAGGCCAAGCAGCAGGAACUCCAUCAGCAGCUAAUGAUAGAGAGAAGAAAUCUGAAAAAGACAAGAAAUUUUUAUCAAAAGCUGCUACAUCAAGAGAAGAGAAAUAAAGGUUCAGAUGCCAAAAUCUUGCUGUCUAAACUGCAGGUUCAGCUUGAGGAGAUGAAGGGGAAAGUGGAAUUUCUGGACUCUGUGAAGAAGUAUCUGGAGGUCCUGCGUUUGGACCAGUGGGGUCUCGACACGAGCCUCCUACCCUCCCUGGCAGCCGCGGGACCUGCUCCGCUGGAACUUGUAUCCUGCGAGGACUCGUCCACGCUCAGCCUGCAGCCAGCGUCUGGGUGCCGGAGGAGCGGCUCCCUGCAGGCGGGAACACCCCUGGGUCUAAUGUCCUACCUCUAUAGCAGAAAUGCGUUCCUUGAAGGCUUCAUCCAGCAGUUCCUGUACAUCUACCGCUACUUCUGCUCUCCUCAUGAGUUUCUACACUUUCUGAUGGACAAAUUCAGUAGCUCUGCUGGCCAGGAAUCCUCUGGAGAUCAGGCCAAGGUGUGCCGACGAACGCUGGACGUGCUGCAAGCCUGGGUGGAAGACUGUGGCCAGCUGGACUUCCCUCCAAAGUCUACCCUCAAAGAGACCUUGGAGAAGUUCCUCACAUCACAGGUGUCUCCGGUGGACGGCCGGGGAGACAUCCUGCUGCAGAUGCUGGAGAACCCCCCAAGGAAGAGGCUUGUCCACAUCAUUGCGGGUCGCUCUCAGAGUCUGGGCAGCAUUGCAGAGGAUGGGGACACCCAGUUAGUUCACGCAUUAUGCAGAACGUCAUCAGCCGAGGAUUCGGGGAAAAAGAGUUUCCAGUGGAGGGUCUCUCGAGCGCUGGAAGCCCAGGUGGCGCCGCCCAAAGAGAAGAUGUACAGCAUCGCUGCGGCUCUGCCCCGGCCCUGCUACGCGUCCCUCGUGGCGAGCGCGUCCAGCCCCUGCCUCAAGAGUGAGGAACGGCUGCCCUUCUUCCGCAGCGAGCUCAGCGCCCAGCACUGCGCCCAGCACUGCGCCCAGCAGCUUACCCUGCUCCAGCAGGAAAUGUUUCAGGGCUGUCAUCCGGUUCACUUCCUCAACUCCAGAGCGCAGGGGGUCCGGGACAAAGUGGCAAGUGCCGCAAAGGCUCUGCCGCCUGACGCUCCGCCGCCAGCGGAAAGCGGCGGCAGCCUUUUUUCCCAGGAUCUCGCAGCGCGGGACCGACACCUGCUGCGGCUGCUCAAGUACGAUGACCUCGUGAGCAACUGGGUGUCUGCCGAAAUCGUCAUCUGUGACUCCAUCAAGACCCAAGCUGCCUUGCUUUCAAAAUUUCUCGCGAUGGCCAAGUAUUGCUACGAAUCCAGAAACUUUGCGACCGCUAUGCAGAUCCUCGGAGGCCUGGAGAAUGUCAUUGUCAGGCAGUUACCAGCCUGGAAACACCUCUCAGCUAAAGUGUGUGAGGUCCCGGAGGAGCUCAAGGCAGUGCAGGUGUUUCUCAAGAGUGAUAAUCUGUGUCUUACGGAGGGGGAGCGGUUCAAGAGACUUCCGACGCUUCCAGCCACUCACAUACUUGCCAUGCAUGUUCAGCAGCUGGAGAUAGGGGCUUUUACCCUUCCUAGUGGGGCCUGCAAGUGGCCCAAACUAAGAAACAUAGCAAAGGUGGUGAGCCAGGUUCACGCCUUCCAGGAGAACAGGUUCAUGUACGCCCCCGACCAAGAGUUACAGGGCUACUUGCGCCAUCGCAUCUCCCGUCUGAGCGACUGCGACAUCGCCCUCCUUGCGGCCGAGAACGACGCCAACUUCCAGCAGAUCCUCAACGACCGCCACUCGAGAAAGAUCCAGGACACCUUACGUCGAAUGAAGGCCACCUUUCAGUGACAUUUUCCGAAAGCGGCCACAGUGCGAGCGUUUUCACGGCAGCAAAGACAACUGCCGUCUUCUCCUUCGUUGCGCUCAGCAGCUCGUCUUACAGUUCAGCAUUCAAUGAUGUGCUAAAACGUGCAACAUGUCCCGUGUGUAGCUGUAUGUAUCAUAGCUACACACUAGACUAAUUUGUUUUCACGAUUGUACGCCUCUCAUAUCAUAAUGCGAAAUGAUUCGGAAAGAAGCCUUGUUCUCAUGCUGCUUGUUGCUUAUUGCAUUAGUGUUUAUUUGGCUGUAAGGCGCAUUUUGUCUUGUUGAACACAGAACUUGUGAGAUACUAAUAAUACUAUCUGAAAUGCCAAGGAUUUAAACUGAUUAACAAUACAUUUACUAAGCAGUAGAAUAACUUAAGCCAGAGACAAUCGUGAUGCCAUUUUCAAAAUUUUAUGAUAAUGCUUUAAGAAAUUUCAAACUGAAAUGUACAAAACAUUAAAGUACUGUGAUUGCUAAAGAACAAUCUGCCACUAUAGAAUAAAAAAAUCUGCAGAAAAGCUACAAGAACCACUAAAGUGGUUUUCUGCCAUUAAUAACACUGGCACAUAUUGCAGUUUCAUAGCGAGACAAAGAAUGUGACUGAACUAGAAUGAAGUGCAAAGUUUUGUUAUUAUGUUAUGUUAGUUGCCUCUGGUUGUUUGAAAUAAAAAAAAAAAAUAACUGUGGUAGAAAGGAAAAUAACCGUAUAAUUUAGGUUCACUGAUUUAAAAAAGUUUUUUUUUUAGCACUUCUUGAAAGGCACAAAAUGUAGUUUUGAAAUGAGCAAAAUGAUAGUUUAAUUGUUUGGACUGAAACCACUGAUUAAGUUGACAUGUUAUGAAUAAAUACUCAUUGUUAAUAUUUAAGACGGAACAAGUCGCACAAAGAUUCACUGUCACCAACGAAAUCAUUUUAUGUGCUUCAUGAUGUUGUCUGCAGUUUAGCUGCCGUGCUUCAUAAACGUUUAUUAAGAACCAAAUAGGAAUGCGUAACUGAAUUUUGGAGGUCCCCUCCAGCAGCAUGCACCUCUGGGAAACACAUACUGUACUUACAUACCACUUUAAUUUUAACAAUUUUCUGUUUCAAAAUUUGUAUGUCAAAUUAUCUGAAACAAAUGGCACUUUAAUGAUCCAUGUUCCAGUUUGUAUGGUUGAAACAAAUGAACCAAAAAAAUCUAUUAAAGGGUAACUAAAGGA